GCCUCUCGCGUGUUCAACAAUCUCCAAAAAAGCUCUUCGAAUUUGAAAAACCAAAAAACAAAGAAAAUCAAAUAAAAAUCGAAGGCAUUGUCUCUCUCAACAACAAAAUCUCCCAAUCGCAACCUUUCAUUUCUGCGAAUUCCCUUCGCCGCGGUUUCAACGACCCUAACUUCAUAAAAAAUGGUUCGGAUUUUCACAAUUUCUGUUGAUUCCAUGCAAUAUUGCAGAUUCUGAUUCCUUCAGCGUUGCUUCGUCUCACAUUUGCGACGUUGAAGGCGUUUCACUAGAGAAAUCCGCAAAAUUCGAAGAUUCCGGUGGGUUGGAGGUUCACGCGCGUUUCUAGGGUUUGUUUUGAGCUGAAUGUGUUUUCCUGAGAAUUUUUUGAGCUGUGUGAUGUUUCAUUCUUAGCUAUGGGGUAGAUAAUUUGCAAGUGGUAAAUUGGUUUCAUGAGUUUUCAUGGGGAGGAAUUUGACAUUGGUUUAUGGUAUCUGUUUUAUGUUGGUUUGUUAUUCAAAUGGGUUUUGGGUCCAUUUACGUGAAUCACUUCUUAUUGCAACUUGAAUGGCUGAUCUUCAGAAAACUGGUCUUGGUGGCGACAGUAGGGAUAUCGAGCAGGCACUUACAUCUCUUAAGAAAGGUUCAUAUCUGCUAAAGUAUGGACGACGAGGGAGGCCAAAGUUCUGCCCUUUUAGGCUUUCCAAUGAUGAGUCUCUACUCAUAUGGUACUCUGGCAAGGAAGAAAAACAAAUUAAGCUCAGUACUGUUUCAAAGAUCAUUCCUGGGCAGCGAACUGCAACAUUCCAGCGGUAUCCGCGACCUGAAAAGGAGUAUCAGUCAUUUUCACUUAUAUACAAUGAUAGGUCCUUGGAUUUGAUCUGCAAGGACAAAGAUGAAGCUGAAAUCUGGUUUGCCGGUCUGAAAGCAUUAGUUACCCGAGGUAACUAUCGCAAGUGGCGAUUUGAAUCAAGACCUGAAAGUCUGUAUUCUGAGAGUCCAAAGUCUGGCACAAGAAGAUCCACUCCAUCAGUUGCACCAUUUGAUCCCGGAGAUACCGACAGAGUUGCUUUUCAAAAUUCUUCGCAAAAUAGAUGGGUGAAGGCUUUCUCUGAAAUAAUUUCAUACACUGCACCUAGCAAGAGCUCCAGUCAAGCUGAAUCAAUUACCAAUUCUUCUUUAUCCUCUGGGUCUGUGGAUAACUCAAGCAAUCGAAAUUCUGCAUCUGAGGCAUUUCGAGUAAGUUUAUCCAGUGCUGUAAGUUCAUCCAGCCAGGGUUCUUGUCAUGAAGAUUUUGAUUCUUUAGGUGAUGUUUUCAUUUGGGGAGAAGGUAUCAAUGAUGGAGUUCUUGGCGGGGGUAUGCAUAGAGUUGGAACCUUAUCUAUUUCAGAGAUGGAUGCAUUCCUUCCCAAGGCAUUGGAAUCAAAAGUUGUUCUAGAUGUUCAAAGUAUUGGUUGUGGCUAUAAGCAUGCUGUUCUAGUUACCAAGCAGGGAGAAAUAUUUAGCUGGGGGGAGGAGUCAGGAGGUAGGCUUGGACACGGUGCAGAAGUGGAUGUUUUUCACCCUAAGCUCAUUGAAACUCUUAAUGGCGUGAAUAUUGAGUUUGUAGCAUGUGGAGAAUAUCAUACUUGCGCUGUUACAUAUUCUGGCGAUCUUUAUACCUGGGGUGAUGGUACUCACAAUUCUGGCUUACUUGGGCAUGGAAAUGAAGUUAGUCACUGGAUUCCUAAGAAAGUAACUGGUGCAUUGGAAGGAUUACGUGUAUCAUAUGUGUCCUGCGGACCUUGGCACACAGCUAUUGUUACAUCAGCUGGGCAGUUGUUUACAUUUGGCGAUGGAACUUUUGGUGCCUUAGGCCAUGGAGAUCAUAGCAGCACAAAUAUUCCUCGUGAAGUAGAAACUUUGAAAGGGUUGAGAACAACCAGGGUCUCAUGUGGUGUUUGGCACACUGCUGCAGUUGUUGAGGUGAUAAAUGAAUCUGUCGAAUCUUCUUCGCAGUCAUCUAGUGGAAGACUGUUCACCUGGGGUGAUGGAGACAAAGGCCAACUUGGAUAUGUUGAUAAGAAACCUAGACUAGUUCCUGAGCGUGUAAUUGCAUUGGCUAAUGAAAACAUUUGUCGUGUAGCUUGUGGCCACAGUCUUACAGUGGCAUUGACAACGUCAGGACAUGUAUAUACAAUGGGAAGUACAGCUUACGGUCAACUUGGUUGUCCUGCUGCAGGUGGGAAGUUCCCUACUCGUGUUGAAGAUAAAAUCGCUGACAGUUUCAUAGAAGAUAUUGCCUGCGGUUCAUAUCAUGUUGCAGUCCUGACUUCCAAGGCAGAGGUUUACACAUGGGGAAAGGGUUUAAAUGGGCAAUUAGGCCACGGUGACAAUGAUCACAGGAAUAAGCCCACACUUGUCGAGUUCUUAAAAGAUAAGCAAGCAAAGAGUAUUUUUUGUGGUUCAAACUUCACCGCUGUUGUUUGUCUCCAUAAAUGGAUACCGAGUGUUGAUCAUUCUGCAUGUUCAGGCUGUCGUAAUCCAUUCAAUUUCAGAAGAAAACGUCAUAAUUGUUACAACUGUGGACUUGUUUUUUGCAAAUCAUGCACCAGCAAGAAAUCUAUGAAGGCUUCCCUUGCUCCAAAUUCCUACAAGCCAUAUCGUGUUUGUGAUGACUGUUAUUAUAAGAUUAAGAAAGCUUCUGAAUCAGUAUCCUUCUUGCCAAGUCCUAACUUGAGAAGUGUCAGUUUGCAAGACAGUAGGGUGACUAAAACACAGGGAACACUAUUAAGACUUUCUUCAUUUGGUUCUAUUGUUCACUCAGAAAGCAGUCACUCAAAGCUUCCAGAAUCACACGAUAGCCAUAUUUUUCCAGGUUUGAAUGGAAAACUUCAGCUGGGGGGAUUUGUUCCUUCAAAAUCAUCAAACUCUCUUUCGGGGGAAUAUAGGAAAUACCUGUCUGUUUCUGAGCCUGCUAUAAGAAUAUCUUGUCAGUCAAACUCUCCAGUUUCAUCAAAGUCAAGCCCACGACAAUCUUGUGAAGAUAUUAUACAUGAUGAUUUAAAACAAAGAAAUGAUAUUCUAAAUCACGAAGUUAUAAGUUUAAGAGCACAGGUUGAAGAUCUUACUCGUAAGUCAAAAAGUCUUGAGGCUGAACUUGAGAGAACAUCAAAGCAAUUGAAGGAAGUGACUGUAGUAGCCGCAGAUGAAGCUGGAAAAUGUGAAUCUGCAAAAGAGGUUAUAAAGUCAUUGACAGCUCAGCUGAAGGAAAUGAUGCUAAGACUGCCAGAAAGACAUAAUGCUUACUACAGCACAGAUUCCGACGUGGAAACCACUAACAGGAUUCUAGAUCAGUCCUUAGAUGAGAAUCAUAUAACAAACAACAUCGUUCCCAAAAAUGCAAGCGUUAGCAAUGCAGAAAAUCUGGUAUUGCCUAUUGGUGCCACAACACAAAGUGGAAAGGCAGAGUGGGUGGUGCAAGAUGAACCAGGUGUGUACGUAAGUUUGUCCUCCCUUCCAGGUGGUGGCAAUGAACUUAAGCGCGUGCGCUUCAGUCGAAGGCAUUUCACAGAAGGAGAAGCUGAGAGAUGGUGGGCUGAAAACGGUACCAAAGUAUUGGAGCGUCACAAUAUAGUUGCCUUGUAGAUUGCAAGGGAACCUGUACACUUGAAUCAAAGAGUCAACCGUCUAUCUGUGACACCAUGGUAAAAGUUAAAAAAAAUUCUUCCUUCCAUUCAGAAGGUUCUUUUAUCCAUAUUAGACAGGUAGGAUACAAAAUUAUGGGAAAACACCAGAGUAUGAAGAAAUCUUGUUACUUCCCACAAAAGUUCUAACCCCCACCCCAAAAACGAAUAGAGGACUUUCUUGUAUUCACUGACGAGUGUUAUGCAAUUCAUCAUUCAUCUUGGUCAUUUUUUCAACCCCUUCUUGGUACAAUAUGUUUAACUUGCAGCUGAGGAUUAUUCUGUCGAGUUCUUUUUUGCCUAUUGUAUAGCUACUUCUCUUAGGAACCUAGUCAACUCUUAUUGUUCAUUUUGUCAGCGUUCUCAUUCUAUAGCAAGGCACUGUAGCGUUUAAUUGUUAGUCCCUUUGCCUUUCCAA